AUGACGUUUCGCGGCGAGGAGCGUGGCUCGCUAGUCGCCUUGCCGUGGCUGAAAUCAUUGGCGCAGCGGCACCCGCCGGCGACACACAUGCACAAGUGUGUUGGCCUUGAUGUGCUGCCACCAACAAUUCCGCCGUGUCGGCGACGAUAUGGACUCCUCUGCAAUGUGCGAACAUUUGCCCUCGCGCACGUUGCACGCACUAAAAGCCCGCGCUAUACCGUCGGAACGAAAGGGCUGAAAUACUCCCAAGUCAGCUUGCAGCAGUCCUGUCUCGCAUCUGGGUCGCUAGCGGGUGAGGGAACAGCAGUUGGAGCAUUAAGACGGAACCCGGGAUUUCUCCGCCCUGGACAGCUACUGGCAAAUCACGACAUCUUGCGCGGAAAUGAGAAAAAGGAAAGAAAGAAGAAGAAAAAUCUUGUUUUCGAUCAGAUCAGAUCAUCUCGGAUUCAAGCGGCAAAAGAACAGAAGAAGUACGAAACGCCAUCGAGAGAAGUGGGGGAGCAGAUAUCAGAAGAAUCCAUCGAGUUCUUCACCAAGAUAGCGUUUGCAUAG